AUGUCUAGCGUAGAGGAUUUGAAAGAGAAACCAGUAGAAGGAAACCUCACCAAUGAGGCAGAGAACUCUAUGCCGUCAUCACAACAGGAGGAGGCUGCUGUAAAGAGCAAGUAUGGAGGGCUCAUGCCAAAGAAACCACCUCUCAUUUCCAAGGAUCAUGAGCGAGCGUACUUUGACUCAGCUGAUUGGGCUCUUGGAAAGCAAGGUGUUGCGAAGCCAAAGGGACCCCUGGAAGCUCUUCGUCCCAAGUUACAGCCAACGCAGCAACAGACGCGUUACAGGAAGUCUCCAUGUGCUCCAUCUGAAGGCGGUGAAGAUGGAGGAGCUGCUCAGGCCGAUGGAGUUCCCGGCAACCAGGAGUAG